AUGCUGCGCGGCGGGGCCCCCCUGGCCGCGCUGCUGCUGCUGGCGGCGCUUAGCCUGGCCCGCGGGGACCCCCGGCCCCCGGCCCCCCCGCCGGUCCCCGAUUGCGGGAUGGAGACCCCGAGCCGCCGCGCCGCCCCCCCGCAUCACCCCUACGGGCUGUACCCGCAGGGUCCCGGCGCGCACGGGGUGCUCGGCGCUGCAGCCCCGCCGGGUUCCGGGCGACCGCGGGGCCGGAGACCGCGGGGAGCCGGGGGAGGCGGAGAGGGACCGGGGGGCGAGGAGGACGGCCAGGUCCGGAGGGAGAGGCUGCGGGACCGGGAGCCGCAGGUGCCGAGCCCCCCCCGGCAGCGGCCGCUGCCCGCCCUGUACUUCUCCGGCGGCCGGGAGCAGCUGGCGGCGCGGCCGGAGGCGCUGCCCGACAUCCCGCGGGAGCAGUUCACCCUGGAGGUGUGGGUGAAGGCGGAGGGCGGACAGAGCAACCCGGCCAUCAUCGCAGGUGUCUUCGACAACUGCUCACACACGGCCAGCGAUAAGGGCUGGGCACUGGGCAUCCGCGCCCUGCAACUCGGUGGCAAGAAGGAUGCCCGCUUCUUCUUCUCCCUCCGCACGGACCGGGCGGCCACUGCCACUGAAGUGACCGCCUACCACCGCUACCACCCUGAGGCAUGGACACACCUGGCCGCCAGCUAUGAUGGGCAGUGGAUGGCCCUCUAUGUGGAUGGGGCACGAGUGGGCCGCGCCAGUGGGCAGGGGGGACCCCUGCACAGCGCCUUCAUGGCCUCCUGCCGCACGCUGCUGCUGGGGGGAGAUGCCUGGGGAACCACGCACACUUUCCGGGGACAUUUGGCCAGGCUGGCCCUGUGGCGGGAAGCCCUGUCCCAACCCCAUCUUCAGCGUCCCUUUCUAGAGGGUCCAGCCAGGGGUGCAGCAGGGCUAGCUCUGGCUUCUGGCUUCACUGCCCCAGAGGAGCACUGGGUGACUUUUAGGGAGGGUUCCUUCCCCCGGCAGCGGGUGCUGCCAUCCCCACCAUCCCCUGUCCUGCGGCCACUAGGCCCCCCUGCCUGCGGGCAGACCGCCUGCGAUAACGUGGAGCUGGUCUCCCACUACAACCAGCACUGGCCACUGCGGAGUGGGAAGGCAGUGCGGUACCGGGUGGUGAACCUGGCAGAGGACAGCGGUGGGCGACCAACAGUCAGCUGGGAGCAGGUUUGGAGGCAGCACCGGGCACUGAGUGAAGCUUUCCGACCUUACAACAUCUCCUGGCAGCUCAGCUUGCUGGAGGUACGCAACUCCUCACUGCGCCGCCGCGCUGUCCUCCUGGGCUGUGAGCCCAGCAAGGUGGGCAAUGAGCGCUGUGACCCCGAGUGUGAGCAUCCCCUGACCGGCUACGACGGCGGGGACUGCCGCCGGCCCGGCCGCUGCUUCUCCUGGAAGCGCCGUGAUGGCAUCUGCCACAUGGAGUGCAACAACAUGUUGGAUGAUUUUGAUGAUGGUGACUGCUGUGACCCACGGGCCACGGAUGUGGCCAGGACCUGCUUUGACCCUGACUCGCCCCAGCGGGCGUACAUGAGUGUGAAGGAGCUGAAGGAGGCACUGCAGCUGAACAGCUCCCACUUCCUCAAUGUUUACUUCGCCAGUUCGGUGAGGGAAGAGUUGGCUGGUGCUGCCACUUGGCCAUGGGAUAAAGAGGCCCUUAGUCACCUGGGUGGAGUUGUCCUCAACCCUGCUUAUUAUGGUAUGCACGGCCACACGAACACCAUGAUCCAUGAAGUAGGACAUGUCCUGGGGCUGUACCAUGUCUUUAAGGGAGUGAGCGAGCGGGAAUCUUGUGAUGAUCCCUGCAGGGAGAUAACUCCAUCUAUGGAGACGGGAGACCUCUGUGCUGAUACUGCUCCCACCCCAAAGAGUAAAUUCUGUCGGGAUCCAGAUCCUGCCAAUGACACGUGUGGCCAGACACAUUUCACGGGAACGCCCUUCAACAACUACAUGAGUUACACAGAUGAUGACUGUACCAAUACCUUCACCCCCAACCAAGUGGCCCGGAUGCAUUGCUACCUGGACCUGGUGUACCAGCGCUGGGGCCAGAGCAAGAAGCCUGCACCCAUCCCAAUCCCUCCCAUGGUCACAGGGCAGACGCAGGACUCCCUCAGCAUCUACUGGCUGCCUCCCAUCAGUGGUGUCAUCCAUGAGAGGGAGCAGGACACACUCUGUGAUGACUGUGCAGAGGAUGGCACCUUCCAUCAGUAUGUGCAUGAGGCUUCUUCCCCUCGGGUCUGUGAUUCCUCUGGCUACUGGACCCCAGAAGAAGCAGAAGGGCCCCCAGAUGUGGAUCAGCCCUGUGAGCCCAGCCUUCAGGCCUGGAGUCCGGAGCUCCACCUAUAUCACAUGAACAUGACGGUGCCAUGCCCCCAGCCAGAUGGCUGCAUCCUGGAGCUGCGCUUCCUGCACCCUGUCUACCCCGAUUCCCUCACCCUCUGGACUACAUACCUCUCCAUGGGCUCUCCCAAGGCACUGUCUGACAUUGAAGUCCUGACAGAACAGGGGGAGUCCAUCCAUCUGGGCCCCCUGGACACCUUCUGUGAUGUCCCUUUUACCGUGAAGCUCAACAUCCCUAAAAAGGUGUCCGGAGUCAAAAUCUACACCUUUGAUGAGAGGAUGGAGAUAGACACAGCCCUGCUGACCUCCAUGCCCCACAGCUCUCUCUGCUCUGCCUGCAAGCUGAUCCAGUACCGAGUCCUUCGCGACCCCCCAUUUGCAAAUGGAUCCCCCGCUGCGCCGGCACAGAUGCACCGCCAGUUCGUGGACACGGAAGUUACGCCUGGGCAGGUGUACCACUACCAGGUGCAGGCAGUUUCUGGGACAACCUCAGGAGAAGCCUCCCCACCGCUCAUCCAUGUCCAUGGAGCAUCCUACUGUGGUGAUGGAAAGGUGACCACGAGCCUGGAAGAGGAAUGCGAUGAUGGGGAUUUGCUGGAUGGAGAUGGCUGUUCCAGGAAGUGUAAAAGGGAGAAAGGCUUCAACUGUGUCGGGGAACCAAGCCUGUGCUACGUGCAUGAUGGGGAUGGCGUGUGUGAGCCAUUUGAGAAGAAAAGCAGUGUCCUGGACUGUGGUCCCUACACACCCGAUGGGUACGUGGAUCUGUGGGCAGCAAAAGCUUAUGCCUCCCAUCAGGACGCGAAGUCCUGCCCUGCUUCCUUGGUCACAGGACAGCCUGUUGUGAAGGUAUGUAAAUCCCACCUUCAUGAUGUGCCAAAGGAUCUUUCACUGGCUGCUUGGUUCCCUUGCACUCCCAGCCAAGACAAUGCUCAGGAUCCAGAUGAGGAGAGGGUGCCCUUGGGCGAUGAGGGAGUUUGGCUCAAGGUGUGCUUUGAGAGACCUGCAGUGCCCACUUCCCUCCUGGUCUUCCUGGCCUCUGAUGGCACCAUCCCAAGCAACCAGCGCAAGCCAAGGGUGACUGUCCAGCUGAGUGAUGUAGAUGGGCUGAACCACUCCUUGGGGAUGUACGAGCUGUCAUGUCAGCACAACCCGCUUGUCAUCAAUGUGACCCAUGGCCAGGAGGACCCGUCCCACUGGGCUGGUUCGGUGCUGCUCAACUUCUCUUCCCCACUCGUGGGCAUCGCAGCUGUGGCCUUGCGGACAUCAACUCAGCCUGGCUUUCACCCCACCACCUGCCUCCUACAACAUGAGGAGGGACAUGGCCACCAGCCCUAUAGCUGUGUCCAUGGUGCCUGUGCAGGAUUGGGAAGCUGCAUGCGGCCACUGCUUGCUCACACUGCCACCCUUGACUGCACCUCUGAUGGCCCGAGGCACAUGGCAUGUGCUAUCGCCUGUGAAAAGGGCUUCGUCCUCCGCUCCAGCAAUGGGAAGAGCCUGGGCUCCGUGCAGCAGAAGGUGGUGCUAACAUGCAGCUCGGGGCAGUGGGACAGAUCUGUGACUUGUGACCCUGUUGACUGCGGUGUCCCUGACCAGUCCCAUGUGUACUAUGCCGAGUUCUCCUGCCCCAAGGGGACCACCUACCUGCACAGCUGCUCCUUCUCCUGCAUCCACCCAGCCAAGCUUCAAGGAACAAAUCAGUGGCUGACCUGCCUGGAGGAUGGCCUCUGGUCACUCCCUGAAGCCUACUGCAAGCUGGAGUGUGACACACCGCCUGUGGUGGCCAAUGCCAAGCUCCUGGUCCCACGGUGCCUGGAGGGGAACCACGACGUGGGCUCUGUCUGCCGCUACAAGUGCAAGCCUGGAUACCACGUGGCUGAGAACGCAGCGGGGAAGCCUCAGAAGAAAUUUCUGAAGGUCCAGUGCCUGGAGAGUGGGCAGUGGGAAGAGGGACGCUGUGUCCCUGUGGUAUGUGAGCCACCCCCUCCUGUCUUCGAGGGCAUGUACAACUGCACCCAGGGCUUUGAGCUGGACAGCCAGUGUGUCCUCAACUGUGAGCCGCAGGGACAACAGGUUCCUAUCGUCUGCACCAAGGAGGGCUUAUGGACAGAGGAGUUCAAACUGUGUCAGAGCUUACGGGGCACAUGCCCACCACCCCCAGAGCUGAAUUACGUGGAGUACAAGUGCAAGCAGGGGCACGGCAUAGGUGCUCUGUGCAUACCUUCCUGUAUCAUACCUCCCAGUGACCCUGUCAUACUGCCCGAAAACGUGACUGCUGAGACUAUGGAUCACCGUUUGCAGCCCACCAGAGUCCAGCAUAUUGUGUGUACGGGCAGGCUGCAGUGGUAUCCAGACCCCUCUGUCAUUCACUGCAUCCAGUCUUGCGAGCCCUUCCAAGCAGACGGCUGGUGCGACACCAUCAACAACCGGGCAUACUGCCAGUAUGACGGGGGUGACUGCUGCUCCUCCACACUGUCCUCCAGGAAGGUGAUCCCGUUUGCUGCUGAUUGUGACCAGGAUGAAUGCACGUGCCGUGACCCAGCAGCCGAGGAGAACCAGUAGUGGCACCAUGAAGGGCCUCUCUCGGCCAGGCGAGCGCCAGAGGAGCGAAGGGGCAGCAACAGGGGCCGCUGGGGAAUGGCAGAGUGUGAGGGGGCAGGAGGCAUAAGGAAGAGCUGGGCAGGGGGAUGGCAACUGUGCACAGAGGGGAUGCGUCGAGGCCACCGAGCAGCUAGUGGGCUGCGGCAUGGGAGGGCAGGUGCGUGGCAGUCCCCUCCCUGUUGUUGCUCCCUCCCAAACCCAGCCAGACAUGGGGGCCUGGUGCACACUCGAGGGGCUCAGCCAGGGGUCCGGUACCACCUCAGCCACGUACUGGGCUGGGCUCCAUGCCAACAGCCCAGGUGCUGCCAUGGACAUUUGUCGUGGUCCAGCAUCUGGCUGUCUGUCUUUGCUCUGGAUUUUGUCACUAUUCACCCCCCUCUGCUGUACAGGCUUCUUUUAGCAAGGUCGAGGUAGUUGUGAUCUCUCUGCAAAUAUUUAAACUUAAUUAUAAAUAUAUAUACAUAUAUAUAUAAUAUAUAUAAAUAUAUAUUAUAUUUUCUUUGCUCAUGAUGAAGCUGAGAAAGGAUACCCUUUGUCACACACCCAUGCUGCUGUGAAGUACAAACCAUUGGGAAAAGCACAGGUCAGGGCAGGAGGAGCAGGGAAUUUCCCUUUCCUUGCUGAGAGGGAGCUGGAAGGAGGACAGAGAGAGAAGCCAAACACCCUGGCCACGCCAGGAAAGAGCUCCCCAGGCAGGCUGCAACCUCAAGGUGCUCUCAGCAUCUUGCAGGCACCAAGUUUUGCCCUUGGGAUUUGCUGGUGCUUUGCCUUGCUCUGCUUAGGGUCCUGGGUCAGGAUUUUGAUGUCGAGAAGAAACUCUGCUGCGCCCUUGCACAACCCUGGUAAGCACAGCAGGUUCAGUGAGCACUGCUGCCCAAAAGGGCACUGCAGACCCCUGUCAUCCAUUAUUUCAGAGCCCUCUGUGAAGGGUUACAUGUCCAUAGGGAUCGCUGCGUUGUCAGUAGGAGCAAAGACACGCAACAGUCCCUCUCUGCCUUGCUCCCCCUGGCUACUGCGCACCCAAUUAGACAAGAGUUGUAGUGGGCAACCCAGAGUAGCUGUGUGAUGCUCUGAAUGAAGGAUGAUGAGGUGGGCCUUCUUUUUUUUCCCCAUGUCCCGUUUCCAAACAUGAGCUUCAACAGUGUUGUCAGCAGUUCUCAGAGGAGACCAGACCCUGCAAUGGAAGGAGAGACAGGACACAAAAGACCUGUCAGAAGACUUUGAGCAUCAUCAUCUUCCAUUGAGGUUUUCCUUAUUACUAUCUCUGUGGCCGAGCCCAUCACGGUGGACAUACAGUCAGACUUUCACAAGUCUCUUACUCCUGUAGGCGCUAAGUGAAAACCUUCAGAUUCACUUCUAGCCCCAAAGAAGACCAGCUAGAAACUUCCUCCUGCAUGGUUGAUGCCCAGAAGCUCAUCUUGGCAGCCUCAACCCAGCCCCAUAGAGGCAGCAGUUAGGGAAGGUGCCUGGCUCCAGCUGGGGUUAUUGCUGAUGGCUUUGUGCUGCAAAGAGGCAGAGAAAAGGAAUAGAAAGAGAGGAGCAGAGAAGGGACCACAGAGGAUAAGCACAGACACACCGGUGUGCACUGGUACAGUCCCAGGCUGGGACCAAGAAACCCAAGGCUGCCCGGCUACGUUCUACCCACAUAGACUGUGCUGGUGGAGCCAGGCUCCAAGCCAGUUUCUCCAGCAUGAGAGUGAUGGAGAGAGGGUGACACAGUGUGGAGAGACCGGGGAUUUUCAGGGCAUCCUUUGGCUUUUGCUAGCUCCCCCACCACAAACACACCUUUUUUGUCAGGCAUCUCCUAAAGUUAUAUAGGGCUGGAGGAUAGGAGUAGGGUCAGAGGCACCUGGACGUCCCACCAAUGUCCAGGCAGGAGACUCCUUAUCCUCUCUAAGCCCUUUCCUGAUCCCAAGUAUGCCCAUCACCCCAUGGCACGUCACCUCCUGCCUGCCCUGGCCUAGGCAGGGAUGCAGGGGGCACAAUGGACCCCAUCUCUUGCAGCAGGGAUGCACUGACAUUUCUGUUCCCAUCAUGAACAGGUGCCAACACCCAGGGUUUUCAGCCAAAUACACUGUCAGUUUGGCAGAGCUGUAAUUUUUUUCGACAGCAAUCCAUUUAUCAAUUAAAAACAAACCCCCAAAAAACCAAGGAAGUCUUUAAAAAAGCCCUUUUCGACUCUUCUGGCCUCAGUGUGCCCCAGAAGGUGCAAUCUGAAAGCCCGUCCUGCUCCACCAGCUCAAGGAAGGGGAUAUUCAGGGGUCUUGGCACAGCAGGAGCGGGUGGACACGGCAGCCCCCCCAACCUGUGGGGAUGCUGGGGAUGCGGGAUGAGGGUGACACUCAGAGGGAGAUGGGAGAAUUUCAAGUCCCAGCAUCUUGUGAUGCCAAACCCUUCCCUGCCUGGUGUCAGCAUUACCUAGAUGCCUAUGUGUUUAGAUGCCAAAUUUUUACCCUUUUUGGCAUGAAAAUCCUGGUCUCAGCAAUGGCUUGUCCCUGCUCACCAGUGGGUAGGGUGACCAGAGGUGCUGGCUUGGCUCAUGGAGAUUUGUACUUCUCAUGGAUAGCUUCUACGUACCGAAAUAUUGUUCUUCUAUAGCGACACUGAGCGGUUUUUGUCCCCUUUAGGGUUUUAUUCACAACGGAGGCUGCUGCUAUUUUUAUUUUUUUGUAUUUGAUAAUUAUUUUUUAUAAAAAUCUAUGAAAAAAAAUAAAUAAUCUUGUCAUCCUCCA